AUGGGGUCUCAUGGUGGACAACGGAUUGACGACAAACACUUCGUGAGCGAAAUAGACGAUACAGAUUAUGGCUCACCGGUGCAUGGGUCUGCGUCGGAACCAACACUGAGGAAGCUGGAUCCAACGCCACAGUGUUCCACCUGCAAUGUCACCUUCUCUGUCGAGCACAUCCUGUUUCACUGUGCGCUUUAUCGUGAGGAGAGAGGGUCCUGGGUGGCGUAUUGCCGGGGUCGCGGCCUCCCGCUAACUCAGACCUCCCUCCUGGCCGAAGCUGCGACCCAAGGCGAGCCGCGCGUGAAGGUCCACCAAGGCAACCUGGUGCUCCCGCAAGGGCAGUUCAACCAGUCUCUGUCUUCAACAGGAAGGUGUAAGGAGCUGUACUCUGCUGUUAACAAAAUGUCUCCGUCUCCUGUUAUUGUUGCCUUCCUGACUCUUCUGGUUCAGGCACACGGCCAGAUCCCGUAUGAAACUCAUCCGUCUUACUACCCGCAGCCGGUGCAUCCCGUUACCGAGACGGUGACAGUGACAGAGACUCAAACGAUUCGCGUCCCCGUGACGUCAGAUAUCUGGGUGAGCACAGCGACUCCUUACACUGUGCGGGUGACGAGUCUCGCAACUGAUUAUACCUUCGUGCCCGCCAACGCCGAGACCGUCACUGCUGUCGUUGCCGUCACAAACACUCCGAUCUCUGUUGUGCGCGAGACGAGCUGCAUCAACCCAGUGCGGACGGCAGUGUCUGUGUACACUACUUUCUUGACGGAGACGGAGAGGAAGGACUUGUACCACACCGUUACCCACGUCGAUGUGCAUCACGAGAUCAACACCGUGGCUGUGCCGUCUGUCCAGACCCUUGUACAGAGGGCUACCACCACCACCAUCCAGUUCACCACCGUCACCGUCACCUCCACUACUUUUGGCUACUACCAUUAAAUUGAAGUGGUUAUAGACAUGAAAUUGUGUUGAUAUUUGUAAUGUCUAAUGUCUAUCAGUAAAAAUAAAGUCUUACUCUACUGAA